AUGAACCACACGGUGACGUAUGUUGCCGUGGACGUUUCGGGCAACACGCGUGAGGUAGAUGUUGUUGUCGAGGUGCGGGACAGCGUCUUGCCAACGGCGGUUGCCCAGGACUACACUGUUGUGUUGGACGGCACGGGCAACGGCGUGUUGGCGGCGUUGAGCGUGGACUUUGGCAGCAGCGAUGCGUGCGGCGUGGCUUCGAUGUCGGUGACGCCAUCGACGUUUACGUGCAGCGACCUGGGUUCGCAGACCGUGACGCUGACUGUGACGGACAACAAUGGCAACUCUGCGACGGCCACGUCGACUGUGAGUGUUGUGGACCAGACGGCACCGACGGUGGUGGUGCAGGAUGUUGAGGUUGAGCUCGACGUGAACGGCGAUGCGAGCGUGACUGUUGCGGAGAUUGACAACGGUAGCUCGGAUGCGUGCACUGCCAGCGGUUCUUUGGUGACGAGCCUGGAUGUGGCCGCUUUUGACUGCGACGAUGUGGGCAGCGGCGUGGCUGUGACUUUGACGGUUACGGACGAGGCGGGCAACGUGGCGUCUGAGACGGCGACGGUGACUGUUGUGGAUCGUGUCUUGCCGACUGUUGUGGGCCAGAAUGUGACGCUGACGUUGAGUGCAGGCGGGGCCGUGGGUCUUGUUGCUGGGUCUGUGGAUGCUGGCAGCUCGGAUGCGUGCGGUGUGGCGACGGUGUCGAUUGACGUGGAUAGCUUCUCGUGCGCCUCUGUGGAUGCGAGCCCCAACGCGGUCGAGCUGAGUGUGGUGGACAACCAUGGCAAUAUGGCGACUGACACGUACUACGUGACGGUUGUUGAUGAGACUGCCCCUGCGUUUAUUAUCACUCCAACCACUCUUGAAUUGGACGCGGCCGGUCCUUCGCAAACUUCCUUUGACUGUGCUGAUUUGGACAGUGUUGUGGCCGUGUCUUACACGAUCACUGAUGUCAAUGGCAACCAAGCUUCAUCAAGCGUUGAUGUGGCCGUGGUUGACAGCGUUCCUCCG